AUGAAACACGUAUUUUUUCAAAUACAAAAUGAGCAAUGUCAUACUCCAGGGCUAGGAUGUUCGUUUAUGAAUGUUGAACUAAUAAACGAAAUUACAAAAGGUUUUGCUACAAAAUGGAUUUUUAAAUGUAAAAUGUGUAACCUAUUGACUACACUGGAAUCAGAAAACAACGAUCUAAACUGUAUACCGAUUAACAAAGCAAUUGUUAAUGGCACGUAUGCAAUUGGUAUAGGAUACACACAACUAGCUGAAUUUUCGGCAAGUUUAGAUGUUCCAUAUAUGGCCCCCUCGACAUAUAUAAAAUAUAGUGAGGAAAUAAGUAUGCAUAUGGAAACUACAGCAUGGAGUGUUAUGGAACUCGCUGGUAUAGAAGAAAAAAAGUUGGCUUUUGAGGCAGGUGAUAUAGAUAGUGAUGGUAUACCUAUUUGCCCUGUUGUUGCUGAUGGCCAAUGA